GACCCAUCUCAACAUGAGUGCCAUAGAUUUUCUUUGGCUUUUAAUUAAUUGAUCACCAAAUUGAAAAGCAGAAGGAGCGAGACCACGGCGCAAACCCCCUUUAAAUUCCAGCUGGUUGUCUUUUUUCUUUCUUAAUUGAAAUUUAGCGCAAACAAGCUUCAUGUGAAGAGCUAAGGGGGAUAAAAAAAGACUUUUUCCCUUCUCUCACCUUCACAGAGCACCUCUCCACCUAGAUCACCUUUAUUUUUAAUUUCUUUUUUUUUUUUGGUACCUCCUUGGAUAUUUUGGCUGAAGCACUGCUUCACUUGGGCACCCCCCUUUUUUGAAGUCUUUCACGAAGCGACACAAACUAAAGCACUUCAAGGUGAAAACUUUCUUUUCUCUUUUUUUUUUUUCUUGGAUCAAGAAGCUUAAAAGUUCCGCAAUGAGUAACCUAAAAUCUGACAGCGAGCCUAACAAUAACAACAUUGAAGAGGAGGUACGAACUCUUUUUGUCAGCGGCCUACCAGUUGAUAUCAAACCCCGGGAACUCUACCUGCUUUUUAGACCAUUCAAGGGUUACGAAGGUUCGCUGAUUAAGUUGACAUCAAAGCAGCCUGUUGGGUUUGUUACCUUUGACAAUCGGACUGGUGCCGAAGCAGCAAAAAAUGCAUUGAACGGAAUUCGCUUCGACCCAGAGAGCCCACAGACACUGCGAUUAGAGUUUGCAAAAGCCAACACAAAGAUGGCAAAGAGUAAGCUGAUGGGAACACCAAACCCCAGUAAUAUGCACCCUGCUUUGGGAGCACACUUCAUUGCACGGGACCCAUACGACCUGACUGGAGCAGCACUGAUCCCUGCAUCUCCGGAGGCCUGGGCUCCCUACCCACUGUACACCACUGAGCUGGCCCCUGGUAUACCCCAUGCUGCCUUCACUUACCCAGCAGCGGCUGCAGCAGCUGCUGCACUUCAUGCCCAGAUGCGCUGGUAUCCUUCUCCAUCUGACACUAGCCAGCAAGGAUGGAAAUCUCGUCAGUUUUGUUAAGUAUUUAAUACCAUUCAGGAUCUGAAUAUUUUGUGUUCUCCCAUUUCUGUGGAGUGAUGACAAGUUGUACAGAGCUCUAUUUAAUCAGGUUUAUUUAAUGGACAAAUGUGCAUUAUAGACAACUCCCCCAUUUUUCCAACUUUUUUUCCUUUUUGAAUCUAUAGGACUUUAAACCUGAGAACCAUUGUGAACUACAAGUUUGAAGCCAAGGCCUAUUUGGAGAGUUCAUGGUACAAGCGCGACACUUCAAAACUCUGCAAGGCCAAAAAUCAAUUACAGAAAUGGACCUGUGUUAAUUUAAAUGUAAAUGAGAGCUGCUCUUUUGGAGAAAAAAACCUCAAGACAAUCAAUGUGCAUGUUAAAAUUUCUGGCAUGAAUUAGAAUGCUAAGUUUUGUGUAUGCUUGUUUUAUAGUGCUUGUGUUGUCAUAGCAACAGGUGCCUGCCUGGUCAAUUGAUUCUUUGUUUACUGUAUCUGUCUCUUGCUUCUGAAGAUUUUUGGCUUGAUGCUUGCAAUGAAUGUUACUUUCAAGAUAGACCAAAUUCUGGUUAUUGGAGUUUCUUCUCAAAAUGGACAACUUUAUUCACUGGGUUUUAUGAUCUUGACUGAGUAAUUCUGCUCAGGAUGUAGGCUAUUUUCCUUUCAAAGACCCAGCUUCUACAGAGCUACAUAAAUCCUUGUCUGAACCAGUCUUGCCAAAAUAUCAACUAUCUGUUCAGAAACUAUUUGAACAAAAAUGAGUACAAGUAUUUUUGUACUUGAUUGUAUAAUAGUAAUGAAUAUUUAUGCAUCAUUUUUGUGCAAUUAAAUAAGUAAUCUGUAAGUUUGUCUAGUUUUUAGUUGAUUAUACAUUUUUUGAAAAGAUGCUGAUUCUAUCUAUCCUGGUUGUAGUUCAUAAGUGCAAUUGUAUGUUAUGUAUCCAAUUUUGUUUUUGGCUUGGUGUUUAAAUACUAGUGUUCUAUGAAGGUGAAUGAACUGUUUGCUAAAGGACUGCUGACAUAAGGUUGCUGUAAAAUAGCUGAUCUAUGCGGAUGUGAAACUGGAUAAUAAAGAGAUAAAGGUAA